AUGUCGUCGUCUCCCUACAUCGCCGAGACCCCGGCCGAAGUGGCCAACGCCAAGGGCCUGCACCUGAUCACCAUGAACACGCCCAACGGCCAAGCCACGCAGAUCAUGCUCGAAGAACUCGCCGACGCCUACGGCACCGAGUGGACCACCACGCUGAUCAACAUCAUGACCAACGAGCAGAAGAAGGAGUGGUUCCUGCGUCUCAACCCGAACGGCCGAAUCCCCGUGCUCGUCGACAACACCGUGUCUCCGCCCUUCUCCGUCAUGGAGACGUCGGCGCAGAUCUUGUACCUGGAGAAAAAGGCCGAUAGGGACGAUAAGUUUGGGUUCAAGGACGAGUUCGAGCGCAAUGAAGCCUUGCAGUGGAUGUUCUUCUGGCAUGGUAGUGGCGCGCCAUACCAGGGUCAGGUCAACCAUUUCACGCGGGCGGCGCCGGAGAAGAUUCCUUACGCGAUCGACCGGUUCAAGAAAGAAACCCUGCGCGUUUACGGUGUCCUCGAGAUCCGUCUGUCGGGCAAGUACACCGGCGAGCCGCGCGACUAUCUCGCCGGCAAAGGCAAAGGCAAAUAUAGCGUUGCCGAUAUCAAGACCUGGCCGUGGAUCAAGGGCUGGGAACGGUCCGGCUUCACCCAGGAGGAUAUGGCACCUUUCCCACACCUGUUGAAGUGGAUCGAUCGUAUUGCGGAGAGACCGGCGGUUCAGAGGGGUAUUGGCGACAAAUAUGUGCAGAAGUAA